UUAACUCUCCCACACCACACCAAACCAAACCACACCAACUCCCUCUCUCUGUUGGGAGAGCAAAGGCCAACAAACAAAGGGAUACACAGACCUCUCUCUAUCUCUCUGAUCUCAAGCUGUAUUACAUUAAUGGGUGGCGACGGGAAGGUCUUUACUUUGGCCGAGGUCUCCGAGCACAACACGCCCAAGGACUGUUGGCUUGUCAUCGAUGGCAAGGUAUAUGAUGUGACCAAGUUUUUGGAGGACCAUCCCGGUGGUGAUGAGGUUUUGUUGUCCGCAACAGGCAAGGAUGCAACUGAUGAUUUUGAGGAUGUUGGCCACAGUUCCAGUGCUAGGGCAAUGAUGGAUGAAUUCUAUGUUGGGGACAUCGAUUCAGCGAGCAUCCCCUCCAAGAAAAAGUACACUCCUCCAAAGCAACCUCACUACAACCAGGACAAGACCACGGAGUUCAUCAUCAAGCUACUUCAGUUCUUAGUUCCCCUGGUCAUCUUGGGUGUUGCUGUUGGCAUCCGUUUCUAUACAAAAUCAGCUUAAACUGAGUGUGCAAGGGAAUUGGAAUGCCAUCAAUAAUAAUAAGUUUAUUUUAAUGAUCAAAAACUCCUUCCCCUUCUUGUUUUUAUACGCCAAAACUGUUACAGUUCUGGGGAUUGUAGGUCGUUGGAAUGUUAUCUGGUAAUGAGUACGUGUUUGUUUCACCCGUUCUCCUUCUUUUUCAGACUUGUGAUUGUCUUUCUUCAUUCCUGAUUUUGCAUUUGUGAAACAACCUUGUUCUUGUUA